GGCUGCCCGCGGCCGGGCAUGGCGUGGCCGUGGCGGGGGCGGUCCCGCUCCCCGUCGCGCUGGCGGCGGGGCGGAGCGGCGGCGGCGGCGGGCGGCAUGGGGACGGCGAGGCGGCGGGCGCUGCGGGCCGGGCUGGCGCUGGGCGCGCUGGUGCUGGUGCUGCAGGGGCUGCGGGGCUGGCUGGCCUCCAAACGGUACGAGUUCACCCCCGCCGAGAUCGCCCAGCUCGCCCGGCACCACGCGGGGCUGGACCACGAGCUGGCUUUCUCCAAGAUCAUUGUGGAGCUACGGAAGAAGCACCCAGGCCACAUCUUGCCAGAUGAAGACCUGCAGUGGGUGUUUGUGAAUGCGGGCGGGUGGAUGGGCUCCAUGUGCCUCCUGCAUGCUUCGCUCACUGAGUACGUGCUGCUCUUCGGGACAGCUGUCGAUACUGGGGGCCACUCAGGUCGGUACUGGGCAGAUAUCUCUGAUACUGUCAUCUCGGGGACCUUUCGGCAGUGGAAGGAGGGGACCACCAGAAGUGAGAUCUACUAUCCCGGGGACACCAUCGUGCACCAGGCAGGAGAGGCCACGUCCGUGCAGUGGAGUGCAGGAACCUGGAUGGUGGAGUACGGCCGGGGCUUCAUUCCCUCCACGCUCGCCUUUGCCCUGGCUGACACUCUCUUCAGCACUCAGGACUUCGUCACCCUCUUCUACACCCUGCGUGUCUAUGCCAAGGGCCUGCUCCUGGAAGCCAAUGCCUUCUUCAGCACCUUGGGUUGCUGAGCCCAGCUUGCUGGGGUAUGCUGCCUAGCACAGCUGGCUCCUGUCCUCCCAGCCCUCUUCUCCUCCCCAAGCCCAGGCUCUAGCAGAGGCAGCAGGAGACCCCCUGUGCCUUCCCCACGUUGCUCUGUCCUUCCCUAUGGGCCAGCUGGGUGCCAGGACAGAAGGACCAUGGUGGUUACAGCAAUACAGACCACCAGUUCUCUUUACUACCUGUCUCUCCCCCGUUUUGAUUGGAGCCAUGACCUGCUUUACCAUCCCUUGGGGCCAGAGUGGCCUGCGGGAUAUGAACACCCCAGUGUGCCCUUGACAUGCAGCUGGAGAGGGGCUGGAGCUGAUUCUCCCCAGGCUCCACAAAAUUUCUACAAUUCCUGAGACAUCAGGAGGAGGAUGCCACCCUCGGGGCAGGGUGCACAGGGUGAGCCAGGCCAGAGCACCCGUUGCAAGGCUGUCUUCAGCCAAGAAGUUUCCCAUCUCCCUGGCAGUCUGCCUGGGCUGCGGGCAGCACAGGACGCUGUGUCCAGCUGGCAGCAUCUCCCGCAGCUCCAUCCCUGCUGACGCGGGUUGGCAGCACACAGUGUCGCCCUGGCACGGGGCAGGAUCUGCGCUGAGACGCCCUGGCAGUUGGGGGUAUGCACCGCCUUUCUGCUGGAGGUUCCUCCUGGUCCCCUGUGUGUCAUCUGCCCCAGGGGAUGUUUGGGGUCCCUUUCCCACAGUCCCCUCCUGGCAGUCUCCCCCAGGGGGGAGAGCCACCGUCUGUCGCCUUAACGGAGAGACCAUUCCAUGUGGCCUCUGGGCUAUGCACAUACCUAGUGUCUGCAGGUGCCCAAACCUCUGUACUAGCUCAGGAUGGCAUCUCACCCCACAAAACGCUUCCCCUGGCUGUGACACCCACUGGGGACAGCCAGCUGGCUUGGCUCCCAGCGCAGGGUCCCAGCCACCAAGGGAGCACUGUGAUCCCCCAACCGAGCCCAGCUGUGGAGCCUGCUUGCAGCCCUGCAGCCAGACCUGUGUGGGCUUGGUGGAGGGCUUUCACCUCUGUGCUGCUGCCAAAUGUGUGUCCCUGGCCAUCAGGCCUGUAGCAUGUUGCUCCUCCUGCUCCCCAAGCUGUCCCUGUCCUGCUCACUGGCAGCCCCACACAUGGGCUACUUCUUAAUUUGCCACCUGAAAAGAGAUACCGGUAAUAAAAUUGGUUGUUCCACCUG